GCUUGGCUGCCUAGCCACCAGCCGCCGCGGGUCUACUUGUGCUUGCAAGGGCUAGACUAGACCCGUUGCACUGCGUGCUGUAACGGUUAUCCAUCCUAAUCUAUUGAGUGUCACCGGAGACAAUGCCGCAGCCUCGACGCCAUCGAUGCGGCACGCUACUCCUUCUGCUGGCCGGCAGCAGCACAGCUGCAGCAUCCGAAACUCUCCGCGGCACGCUGCUCGUAAGCCAUCAGGCCUUCGUCGAGCGCCUCUACAUUUCCAGGAGGUACGAGCGCUGGUUCGGCGGCGUCGCCUACCUCGUGCUGCCGGGCACGGCGGGCCGGCGGCGCUCGCACGAAGCGACGGGCGCGACGGCGACCGUGCCCUCGCAGGACGCCUGCGACCGGUAUGGGGUCGCCUGCUUCUUGGCCCGCCGCGGCGCCGGCCGGGACCCCUACGUCGCGGCCUACGCGCAGCUCUUCGGGCAGCUCGCGACGUUUUCGAGGCGCGACGAGCCGCCGCCGUGGCUGCGGCCCCACUGGCGCGGGACGGGGGGCGUCACCGGCGCGGUCGUGGCGCACCUAGAUUUCUGGCUGGACCCGCCGUCGUUCGCGCACCGCGUCGACGCCUGUGUGGAAUCAAAUUUACGGCGCGUUCGCGGCCACGUCAUCGCCGAGAAACGACUUUGUGAAGUCCACCCGACACACUGGUUGAUUUCCACACAGGUCGACGCGGGCGCGUUGGAUCUCAAGCGGCCGUGGACGCUCGCGGCGGGUUUGAAUCGCCCGCCCGACGACGCCGUCCGCGAGUUCCGGGUCUUCGGGCGGUACUGCCUGGGCGGCGAGGCGCUCGACGUCGAUAGAGAAUGGACGUGGGGCCACGACGCGAAGGACCAGGCGCGCCGCGCGUGGGCCGCGAGCGCGCCGACACGUGCGAAGGAGCCCGAGGCCUGCGCCGCCUGGGCCGACCUCUUCUACCUGCCGUCUCCCAUCUUCGCGGACUUUGCGCAACUCUGCGGGACGCAGUUUAAAUUCCACCACGAGGUGAGCGUGCCGACGGCGCUGCGCUUCCUCGAAGUGGAAGGCCGGGCGCCCGCGCCGCAGUUCUUGGAUUGCUGGGGCUGCUCGCAGGCCUGGGCCAAGGACCCCGCCGUCAUCGACCAGCACGCGUGCGGCCACCGCCUCGACCUCGGCCAGCGCCACGUGCGCGACGCCUUCCGCCACCGGCUCGACCGGCGGCCCUUCGCGCGCGACGCCGUGCUCGAGAGCCAGAUUUAUGAAUUGGACGCGGAGCAGGGCGGCGCCUGGGACGGCAAAUCGCUAUACUGGGAGACGGAGCGCAAUCUAGAUAGGUGGACGAACGGCUGCUGCCGGCUGCCCUCCGCGAACCAGACGGCCUGCGGCUGCGUCGGGCGCGACCCGCCGCGGACGGACGCGGCCGCGGCCGUGCCCUGCCACGGGGCCUACGUCCCGUCGACGGUCGUCGGGUGACGGCGUCCAUGUAUGUGUUGUUACUAAGAAUCUUAAAA